AUGAAGAGGCUCUCGGUCUUCAACCUAAUCUGGUCCCUUUCCGGGGUGGCCUCCGCGGCAGUCUGUAACAACAACUGCGGCCGUCAAGUUGCAGGCACAGCCAAAAAGGAACCCUCGAUCGCUUUCAGGUCGUCGCAAUGCGGAGCCUUCGUGACUACCUAUGUCACAGUGGCGGCUGGACCUAUUGCUACACCUUCACUUCCGCCCACUGUCAAGGGAAGAAACGUCCACGCCCCACGUCAAGAAUCCGCGGUGCCAACCAUAACCGGCAUCAAGCCUGCCUACGCCAGCGCCUGUCCCGAUGUGACCGCCUAUUGGUCAGCUUGCCAGUGUUUCGACGGCAUCAAGGCUACAACCAUCACGGUCACGGCACCUACGAGUGUUACUCCCACCAGCCUCACCUCCGCCACCGCUUCCGCUUCAGCCUCCUGCAUAGCCGGAGCGGAGUUCGCCCUCCACGUCCUCGACGAAAAGUCAAGCUUGUGCCGGAACGUGCUGCAAAAGGAGUAUCCAUAUGUUGAAGCAGAAGAAUACAACCUCAAAAAGUUCGUACAAGGCCGCGUCCCGGUCGGAACCGGCCUCGCUCAGUCCCCCAGAUACUCUCAACAAGACGACACCCAGCCCAUCAACUACAACGGAGUCAAAGGUCCUGCGGGCUCGAACUUCAGAUGCAACAUCGUUGUUCACCGCGGCUACAUCAAAGCCUCCUACCCUGGCUCCUACGAGCUCUACAUCAACGAACCCGAGGAUGUCAUGUUUGUGUGGGUCGGCGACAAGGCCAAGUCCGGGUUCAACGCCGGAAACGCCGACAUCAGGGCGCAAGAGGGUCGUAAUACGUUUCCAUACAGCACUUUUAUCUACUUUGAGACGGUCGAGGAGUACAUCCCCUUCCGCAUCUUCUGGGCCAACGGCAAGGGCCCCGGGAGUUUCAGUGUCGGCCUCUAUCCCGAUUAUGUUCUCAUCAUCGACCUGCCAGAGGGCGUUGUUGUCGAUAAUCCUGUGUUGUACUCGAACUGUUCGGGAGAUGCAAGCCCUGCUCCUGCGUGGCCUGCCUGGCAAAACGAGAUCUGGGGGUGA